AUGAUGCAAGUAAACCAUAUUAGAACUUUUCCUGGUUCCGUAACCACCAAUCCAGACACUUAUAAAGAACAAUAUAAAAAAUUAAGAAUUUUCAUUGAAAAUUCUGAGAGUAAAUUCAAGGAUGAACGACAAAGAGUCCUUUGGCCCCUAUUUGUAAAUUUUUAUCUUGAUCUUGUUUCAAAAGGUUUUUUAAAUCAAGCAACGGAAUUUUUCAAUAUUUAUCAACUGGAUCAUGAAAUACAUUUGAAUGAAAUAAACAAGAUGAAAUUUAUAACACAACCACAACAUAUUCAAGAAGAUGAAUUUGUUCAAAACUUUCGUUCAAAGAAAUAUACUGUUUCAAUGUCUAGAACUUCAUAUGAGAUAUUAAUUCGUUUCUUACAAGACAAUAAUACUUUGUUAUUAACAAUGGUAAAUCAAUACAUUAAUGUUGAAGACAUUGGAACUUCAUCACAAGAAUUAGAACUGGAACUUCAAUCAGGAUUCAUGCCAAUGGAACCAGCAUUUCGUGACGAAGUUGAAAAAAGAUUAAAGGGAGAAAAUGAACAUUCAAGAGCUCAAAUUGGAAAUGAGAUGAAUGGUAUUAUAAACUCUACACCUUCACUACAUCAAGAAUCUUUGAAUAAAAAAAUUAAAAGAGAGCAAACUAUUGAUUCACCACCUAUAUCAUUGGUUCCUUUACCAUCAUACAAUGGAGCUGAUCUACAAGCACAAGUUGACCUUGUGAAAGAUUUGACACAACGAAUAAAUUUAGGCCCUGCAAGUCUUCCUUCUGUAUGUUUUUAUACAUUUUAUAAUACAUGCAAUAGUCUUAAUUGUUUGUCCAUAUCUGACGAUGCAACUCUUAUAGCUGGAGGUUUUUCAGAGUCUUAUAUCAAUAUAUGGAGUUUAAAAAGCGAAAAAUCAAGAGUACUUCAAGAUAAUGUUAAUGCAUCUGGAAUGAAUAAUUCAACAGAUGAUCUUGGAAAUGUUAAAGGAGGUGAUUGUAAGAAACUUUGUGGGCAUUCUGGUCCUAUAUUUGGAUUAAGUUUUAGUCCAGAUAAUAAACAUUUACUUAGUUGUUCAGAAGAUAGCACAGCUCGACUUUGGAGUACAGAUCUUUAUACAAAUCUUGUGUGUUAUAGAGGUCAUAACUUACCUAUUUGGGAUAUACAGUUUAGUCCUUUUGGAUUUUACUUUGUUACUGCAUCUAAUGAUAGAACUGCUAGACUUUGGAGUUGUGAUCAUAUUUAUGCUUUAAGGAUUUUUGCUGGACAUAUAUCAGAUGUAGAUACUGUUAAAUUUCAUCCAAACUCAAAAUACAUCUUCACAGGAUCUAAUGAUAAAUCAAUUCGUAUGUGGGACAUUAGUAGUGGAUCUUGUAUUAGAAUUUUUUCUGGCCAUACUGGAGGAAUUACAUGUUUAGCUGUAUCUGAUGAUGGUCAAUUGUUAGCUUCUUCUGGUGAUGAUAAAUCAGUAAUUUUAUGGGAUAUUGCAAGUGGGAAAUGUUUUAAAAAAUUAAUUGGUCAUACAGAAACUGUUUAUUCUUUAGAUUUUAGUAAGGAAGGUAGUAUUUUAGUUUCUGGUAGUGCAGAUAAAACUGUUCGUAUCUGGGAUGUUCAAAAAGGUAUUUCAGGUGAUUCUGUUGAUGGUGAUCAUUCAUUAUCAUCACCAACAACAGCAAGCAAACCAAAAAAUAAUGCUGAGGAUAUCUCUUUACUGAAUAGAAAAUCUAAAGUAACCAAUGUAAAACCAUCAAGGGAUUUAUUAACUACACUAUAUUCUAAAAAUACACCAGUUUAUGAAAUUAAAUUUACAAGAAGAAAUUUAUGUCUUGCUGCUGGCAAUUAUAAGUCAACAACUGAGGAUCAAAAACAAAAAAAAAGCUAG